UCUCCCUGUUGAACGAGCUGGAGUAGUGGACGACCGUCGGAGGUUUGUUAGGAGGAAUAGGAAGCUAAGGACAUCUCUCUGAUGCUGAUUUAUACAUUAUUUUUUAUAUCCUUUGUACCAACAUUGCUUUACCUUUAUUAUGUCAGGUGCCAAGGCUGCUUAUGUUUCGUAACACGCUGCGCUGCACAAUCAGUGUGAACAGCUCUUAUUCAAGGAUGCGGAUUUAACAAAAAAUGCGCUGUCAACUGGGAUUUUAAACAUUAUCAGUAACAUUGAAUUAAGUCACUAAUGCCAGUAACCAGAGACUAUAUGUAUGUUAGUGUUAUAUGUUAUCAGUGACGCGGUAAAAAUAUAGCGAGUCUCCCACUAACGAAGAUAAACAACGAGAACGGGUUGGAUGGUUUUCCCCCAGCCCCGGUCACCAUGAGCACCAUCUCUCCCACCGACUUCGACAGCCAGGAGAUCCAGCAGCAGUACAAUGACAUCAACAACCGCUGGGACCUGGCCGCAGAGACCAAUUGGGACAAUGAGAACAGCUCGGCACGCCUCUUUGAGCGCUCGCGCAUCAAAGCUCUGGCAGAUGAGCGUGAAGCAGUGCAGAAGAAGACCUUUACUAAGUGGGUGAACUCACACCUGGGCCGUGUGACGUGCCGCAUCGGGGACCUGUACACUGACCUGAGAGAUGGACGCAUGCUCAUCCGCCUGCUGGAGGUGCUGUCAGGAGAACAGCUGCCGAAGCCCACUAAGGGGCGUAUGCGUAUCCACUGCCUGGAGAACGUGGACAAGGCCCUGCAGUUCCUCAAGGAGCAGAAGGUCCACCUGGAGAACAUGGGCUCCCACGACAUCGUGGACGGGAACCACCGCCUCACCCUGGGUCUCAUCUGGACCAUCAUCCUCCGCUUCCAGAUCCAGGACAUCAGUGUGGAGACUGAGGGUAACAAGGAGAAGAAAUCAGCCAAAGAGGCUCUGCUGCUCUGGUGCCAGAUGAAGACCGCUGGGUACCCCAACGUCAACGUUCACAACUUUACCACCAGCUGGAGAGAUGGCUUGGCGUUCAACGCCAUCGUGCACAAACACAGACCGGACGUGAUUGAGUUUGACACCCUGAAGCGGUCCAACGCCCACUAUAACCUCCAGAAUGCCUUCAACACAGCAGAGAAUAAGCUAGGCCUCACCAAACUCCUCGACCCGGAAGAUGUCAACGUUGACCAGCCAGAUGAGAAGUCCAUCAUCACCUAUGUGGCCACCUACUACCACUACUUCUCCAAGAUGAAGGCCCUGGCUGUGGAGGGCAAGAGGGUUGGCAAGGUGCUGGACUAUGCCAUUGAGGCUGACCAGCUGGUAGGGAACUACGAGAGCCUGGCUUCAGAGCUGCUGCAGUGGAUUGAGCAGACCAUCCUGACUCUGAAUGACCGGCAGCUGGCCAACUCCCUAAACGGUGUGCAGAACCAGCUGCAGGCCUUCAACACCUACCGCACAGUGGAGAAACCCCCAAAGUUCACAGAGAAAGGCAACCUGGAGGUGCUGCUGUUCACCAUUCAGAGCAAGAUGAGAGCCAACAACCAGAAAGUGUACAUUCCCAGGGAGGGAAAGCUCAUCUCUGACAUCAACAAGGCGUGGGAGCGUCUGGAGAAGGCAGAGCACGAGCGGGAGCUGGCGCUGAGGAACGAGCUGAUUCGACAGGAGAAGCUGGAGAUGCUUGCUGCUCGCUUCGACCGCAAGGCCGCCAUGAGGGAGACCUGGCUGAGCGAGAACCAGCGGCUCGUCUCUCAGGACAACUUUGGCGUUGACUUGGGAGCGGUGGAGGCCGCCACCCGUAAACACGAGGCCAUCGAGACGGACAUCGGGGCGUAUGGGGAGCGGGUGGCGGCCGUGGAGGCGGUAGCCAGGGAGCUGGAGGCAGAGAACUACCAUGACGUGCGUCGCGUGCUGGCAAGGAGGGACAACGUGCUGCGGCUGUGGGAGUACCUGAAGGACCUGUUAGCUGCUCGCAGGGAGAGACUCCACGCACACCGAGACCUGCAGAGACUGCUGGAGGAGAUGAGAUACAUCAUGGACUGGAUGGGAGAUAUGAAGGGUCGUCUGCAGUCCCAGGACAGUGGGAAGCAUCUGCACGAUGUGGAGGACCUGCUGCAGACUCACAACCUGGUGGAGGCAGACAUCUCAGCCCAGGCAGAGAGGGUCCGCGGGGUCCAGAGAGCUGCUCAGCGCUUCACCUCCGACCAACAGGUCUACAAGCCGUGUGAGCCGGCGCUGGUGGGAGAGAAGGUGUCUCUGCUGGGCCGGGCCUAUGAGGAGCUGGGCCAGCUGGCUGGGGAGCGGAGGGAGCGCCUGGAGGCCUCACGGCGCCUCUGGCAGUUCCUGUGGGAGAUGGGAGAAGAGGCGGCCUGGAUCAGAGAGCAGGAGCAGAUCCUGUCAGGAGGAGACUGUGGCCGCGACCUCACCUCCGCCCUGCACCUCCUCAGUAAGCACGAGGCCUUCAGGGACGAGAUGGCAGCCCGCUACGGUCCUCUCGGCCACAGCAUUGCCGCCGGACAAACUCUGGUGGAGGAGGGACACUUUGGAGCCCCAGAGUGCACUGAGAGGAUCAGGGACGUACGUGCUCAGUGGGCACACCUGGAAGAGACAUCACAGCUGAGGGAAGUGCAGCUGAAGGAGGCGGUGGCCCUGCACCAGUUCCAGACUGACGCCAAUGACAUGGAGGCCUGGAUCUUGGAGACGCUGCGCCAGGUGUCCAGCCAGGAGGUGGGCCACGACGAGUUCUCCACCCAGACCUUGGCCCGCAAGCAGAGGGAGGUGGAGGAGGAGAUCCAGAGCCACCACACCCUCAUCGACUCCCUGCAUGAGCAGGCCCUCGGCCUGCCCCCGGUCCAUGCAAACGCCCCUCAGGUGGAGGGGCGUCUGCCUGCUAUUGAGCAGCGCUAUGAGGAGCUGGUGUCUCUGUCUGCAUCGCGGCGUCAGGCCCUGGAGGGGGCGCUGGCCCUCUACCGCAUGUACAGCGAGGCGGGCGCCUGCCAGCUGUGGGUGGGGGAGAAGGAACAGUGGCUGGACGGCAUAAUGAUCCCCACCAAACUGGAAGACCUGGAGGUGGUGCAGCAGAGGUUUGAGACCCUGGAGCCUGAGAUGAACAACCUGGGGACUCGUAUCUCUGAUGUCAACCAGGUGGCCCAGCAGCUCCUGGGAUCAGACAACCGCAGCAAAGAGCAGAUCCACCAGACACAAGACCAGCUCAACAACAGGUGGAAGGAGUUCCAGCGUCUGGCGGACCAGAGGAAACAGGCCCUGGAGUCGGCCCUCAACAUCCAGAACUACCACCUGGAGUGUAAUGAGAUCCAGAGCUGGAUGAGAGAGAAGACCAAGGUGAUCGAGUCCACCGAGAGCCUGGGCAACGACCUGGCUGGUGUCAUGGCCCUGCAGCGCAAACUCACCGGCAUGGAGAGAGACCUAGAGGCCAUUCAGGGUAAAUUGGACGACCUGAGAAAUGAGGCAGAGAAGCUGGCUGAGGAGCACCCGGACCAGGCCGAGGAGAUCCAUGCCCACCUGGGGGGGAUCCAGGAGGUGUGGGAGGAGCUCAACGCCACCAUGAAGCGUCGUGAGGAGUCUCUGGGCGAAGCCAGUAAGCUGCAGGGAUUCCUCCGAGACCUGGAUGACUUCCAGUCCUGGCUGUCCCGCACGCAGACCGCCGUGGCGUCCGAGGACAUCCCCACCUCGCUGCCAGAGGCUGAGCGCCUGCUCUCCCAGCACGAGAGCAUCAAGAACGAAUGGGACAACUACAAGGAGGACUAUGAGAAGAUGCGGGCGGUGGGUGAUGAGGUGACUCAGGGCCAAACGGACGCCCAGUACAUGUUCCUGGCCCAGAGGCUGCAGGCGCUGGACACCGGCUGGCAAGAUCUGCGCCGCAUGUGGGAGAACCGCCACAGCCUGCUGGCCCAAGCUUUCGACUUCCAGACCUUCUUGAGAGACGUCAAGCAGGCUGAGGGCUUCCUCAACAGCCAGGAGUAUGUGCUGUCCCACACUGAGAUGCCCUCCAGCCUGCAGGGAGCAGAGGAGGCCAUCAAAAAGCACGAGGACUUCCUGACCACCAUGGAGGCCAGCGAGGAGAAGAUCACGGGCGUGGUGGAGGCUGGACGCCGUCUGGUCAACGACCUCAACGCCAACUCUGACAAGAUCCAGGAGAAGGCCGACUCCAUCCAGGAGAGACAUCAGAAGAAUAGGGAAGCUGCAAAUGAACUCCUCUCUAAACUGAAGGACAACCGUGAACUUCAGCACUUCCUGCAGGACGGACAGGAGCUGACUCUGUGGAUCAAUGAGAAGAUGCUGACAGCUCAGGACAUGUCAUAUGACGAGGCCAGGAACCUCCACAGCAAGUGGCAGAAACACCAGGCCUUCAUGGCUGAGCUGGCCUCCAACAAGGACUGGCUGGACAAGAUCGACAAGGAGGGCCAAGUGCUGGUGACAGAGAAGCCGGAGCUGCAGCCUGUUGUCCAACAGACUCUUGAAGGCCUGCAGAGCCAGUGGGAGGAGCUAGAGAGCACUACGCGCACCAAGGCACAGUGCCUCUUCGAUGCCAACAGGGCAGAGCUUUUCACCCAGAGCUGCUCUGCCCUGGACAUUUGGCUGAAGAACCUGUCAGGACAGCUGCAGAGUGACGACUUCGGAAAGGAUCUGACAUCAGUCAACAUCCUGCUCAAGAAGCACCAGAUGCUGGAGCACCAGAUGGAGGUGCGUGAGAAAGAGGUGCAGUCGCUGCAGUCCCAGGCGCAGGCUCUGUCCCAGGACGAUGCUGGUGUGGCGGUGGUGGAGGUGGACGGCCAGCAGAGGAGAGUCACUGACAGCUUCUCCCAGCUCCAGGACCCCCUCAACCAGAGGAGGCAGCAACUGCUGGCAUCCAAGGAGGCCCACCAGUUCAACAGAGACCUGGAGGAUGAGAUUCUGUGGGUGAAGGAGAGGAUGCCCCUCGCCACCUCCACAGACCAUGGCAAGGACCUGCCCAGUGUACAGCUGCUCAUCAAGAAGAACCAGACUUUGCAGAAGGAGAUCCAGGGCCACCAGCCCCGUAUUGAUGACAUCCAGACCCACCGCAGGGGGAUGUCCCCAGGGAAGGAGGAGGUGGACGGGGAGUGGCAGUCUGCUCUGGAGCAGCGUCUGGUGGAGCUCCGGGAGUCCUGGGCCCAGCUCAUCGCUGAGACAGAUGAGCGCCACGCCCGGCUAGUGGAAGCUAACCGCGCCCAGCAGUUCUAUACUGACGCUGCCGAGGCCGAGGCCUGGAUGGGAGAGCAGGAGCUACACAUGAUGUCAGAGGACAAGGCCAAGGAUGAGCAGAGUGCUCUGGUGAUGGUGAAGAAGCACCAGACACUAGAACAGGCCCUGGAGGACUACGCCCAGCCCAUCCACCAGCUGGCCAACAGCAGCCGCACCAUGAUGACCAGCGAACACCCAGAGAGCGAGCGUAUCAACCUACGGCAAGCCCAGGUGGACAAGCUGUACGCAGGGCUGAAGGACCUGGCUGAGGAGCGUCGUGGGCGUCUCCAGGAGAGGCUGAGGCUGACCCAGCUGAAGAGAGAGGUGGACGACCUAGAGCAGUGGAUCGCUGAGAGGGAGGUGGUGGCUGGAUCCCAUGAGCUGGGACAGGACUACGAACAUGUCACAAUGCUGCGGGACAAGUUCCGGGAGUUUGCUCGGGACACCAGCACCAUUGGCCAGGAGCGCGUGGACGCCGUUAACGGUCAGGCCGAUGACCUCAUCGAGUCGGGUCACCCUGAGAACGCCAGCGUGGCAGAGUGGAAGGACGGGCUGAACGAGGCGUGGGCCGACCUGCUGGAGCUGAUCGACACGCGCACCCAGAUGCUGGCCGCCUCCUACGAGCUGCACCGCUUCCACCAGGACGCCCGCGAGGCCAUGGGGAGGGUCCGGGAGAAGAAGGAGGCGCUGCCCUCUGACCUGGGCCGUGACCUCAACACCGUCCAGCACCUCCACCGACAGCACAAUGCCUAUGAGCACGACAUCCAGGCCCUCAGUGGACAGGUGAACCAGGUGCAGGACGACGCAGCACGGCUGCAGAAGGCCUACGCUGGGGAGAAGGCUGAGGAGAUCCACCGGAGUGAGCACUCUGUCACUGAGGCCUGGGAGGAUCUGCUGGGGGCCGGCCAGGCUCGCCGACACCUCCUGCUGGACACCGUGGAGAAGUUCCGCUUCUUCAACAUGGUGCGUGACCUCAUGCUGUGGAUGGACGGGGUCAACCUGCAGAUCGACGCCCACGACAGCCCCAGGGACGUGUCCUCUGCAGGGCUGGUCAUAGCCAACCAUCAGGACAUCAAGUCUGAGAUCGAGACCCGGGCAGACAGCUUCACAGCCUGCAAUGAGAUGGGACACUCUCUCAUCAACAACAACCACUAUGCAGCUGAUGAGAUCCGGGAGAAACUGGACCAGCUCCAAGGCAAAAGAGACGAGAUCAACAACAAAUGGCAGGACAAGAUGGACACCUGCAGAUCGGUAUUUCUGGAGGUGCUGCAGUUUGGCCGGGAUGCAUAUGUGGCAGAGACAUGGCUGGCAGGCCAGGAGCCCCUGGUGCGAGGGGCCGAGCUGGGCUCUAACGUGGAUGAGGUGGAGAGUCUGAUCAAACGCCACGAGGCCUUUGAGAAGCUAGCCGCCGGCUGGGAGGAGCGCUUCACCCUGCUGGAGAAACUCACUACGCUAGAGGAGCAGGAGAUCCAGAGGCAGAGAGAGGAGGAGGAGAGGGCGAGGCGACCCCCCACACCACCACCUACAGAAGAGGUGGCCCCGUCUGAGGCUGAAACACAUGAUGCCAGGACCAGCCUGGACCAGACCACACUGAACCAGUCAGUAUCAGUGAAUGGAAUCCACAGCGACCAGGACACCUCACAGUCUUUAUCAGUAUCAUCAGUAUCAGUGGGAAAGAAAGAGAAAUGUGAACCUGUCUCUAAACCUGUGUCUAAGCCAAAGCAUCCGCCGCGUGGUUCUGACUCUGACUCUGUGAAUGGUCCGGGGAGAGACAGCGGGCUGGCGUCAUCACGCCUGGACCCGUCUGCCACGCUACCCAGCAAGAGAGCUGACCCUGGCACAGAUGCCAUGGAGGGCAUGCUCUACCGCAAGCAGGAGAUGGAGUCCCAUGCCAAGAAGGCAGCUAGCAGGUCCUGGCAGAAUGUGUACUGUGUUCUGCGUAAGGGCAGCCUUGGCUUCUACAAGGACCAGAAGAGCGCCUCCAGCGGGAUCCCCUACCACGGAGAAGUCCCCAUCAGCCUGGGAGAGGCUGUGUGUGAGGUGGCACACGACUACAAGAAGAGGAAACACGUCUUCAAGUUACGGCUAGGGGACGGUAAGGAGUUCCUGUUCCAAGCUAAAGAUGAGACGGAGAUGGCCUCGUGGAUCCACUCCAUUCAUAGCUCCAUCCCAGCAGGAGACCACUCCCCCAGAGGCCCCAGGGCCCUGAGCCGAGCCAUGACUAUGCCCCCCAUCUCCCCCAGUUCAGCAGACGCUGCCGGAGUCACCAUGCGCAACAAGGAGGGCAAGGAGAGGGACCGUGAGAAGAGGUUCAGCUUCUUUGGAAAGAAGAAAUAAAACAUUUGUAAAACAACAACAUCAAGGAAAAUUAUAUUCCUCAAAAUUCCAACAAACUGAAACAGGCAGAAAUGAAAGCACUCUUGUCGCAUAAACGCAUCGCUGUCGGCCGGGGUCCUGAGGGGUUUGUCUAAUUUCUGGCUCACACAGAGCUUGCUCUUUCUCGCUCUCUCCUCUCUAUUUUCAUUUGUCAUCUCUUUCUCUUUUAUAUCUCUCUUUCCUUCUCCAUCUCUCACAUUUGGCUUCAUCCUACCAAUGUAAGCCCUUGUCCAUAGCUUUAGUUGCAUUUUCAGCCGAUACGCAGGGUUUGUUGAUCAGAGUCACUAAUAAGAACUCUCUUUGGCCUCAUCAUCAGGGGAAACCAAGGGGUUUGUUGGGAGAGGGGAGGGCAGGGGGUGGUUAGCAUUAGAACCGAGGGCUAAGAGGACCCUCAAAGUCAAUUCUCUUUCAUUCACCCACACUGGAUCAUUUGUUGGUUUAAAUUAGUCCCGGCUCAACCAAUCUUUAGACAAGCAAAAUAAUUUAAUGCUGUUUUACCAAUAACAGAGAAAUUGUUGUAAAGAGUGCUGUCCCCAGGUCCCCUCUUCCAGUCUCUCCUUUUCUCUAUCGUGCUCCUUGGGAAGCCCCAUAUCUUUUCUUUGUUUUUGGUUUUGGUGUUAUUAUUAUUUAUCUUUUUGCUGUUGCAGGUUUUGAGGGGGGAAAUUAAAAUAAAUAAUUUAAAGAGUA